AUGAGUAGGGCUUUAAUAAGAGGGGCCGUGUGCCAAUCCUGUCGAAAUGACACUCUUCGGUCUAUAAUUGCCGUUACAGGCGUACCGAUGCCCCGAUAUACCAACGCUCUUCGCCCUAGCUUCAACUCCAGAGCUUUCUCCGCGAUAGGCCUGUCAAGGUCUGAUCGGCCUCCUUUUUCAAACCCUGCGGAUGUCCAGUCUUCGUCCGUGGAGGAAACGACAUUGGAGUCAGAAAACAAUGUGACUACUACUACCGCAGCACCCGUGCCGUGGUAUCUCAGGGACGAACCAGAAACCACUGCCCAGUCCAAGCCUGUGCCCGGUGAUCAUAUCCCAAAGCUUCCCGAGAAUUCUCCAGAAAUGCUUCCAAUUCUUCUAGAGUAUUCAUACAAGGAUCUGGGCCUUGAUCAAUUGAAGUUAUUCGAUCUACGUGAGCUCGAUAUUCCCGCCGCUCUGGGUGCCAACGUGAUAAUGAUCAUUGGAACUGCCCGCAGCGUUAAGCAUUUGAACGUAUCCGCAGAUCGUCUAUGCCGAUGGCUACGCAGCCAGUACAAGCUAUCCCCACACGCCGAUGGACUGCUGGGUCGCAAUGAGCUGAAGAUUAAACUUCGCCGCAAGGCUAAGCGGGCGCGCGCUGCUAGUCAUGCUGGUACUAUGAUUGACGAGAAGGACGACGGAAUCACAACUGGAUGGAUUUGUGUAAAUGCAGGCGUGGUGGAUAAAUCUUCUUCAACGACAUCAGUCCGUGAGGCUGGGUUUGAAGGCUUUGGUCAACUCGAGACGGGUACAAGCGUUGUAGUCCAGAUCUUCACCGAGGAAAAGAGAGAGGAGGUCGAUAUGGAGAAGUUGUGGCAGGGAACUCUUGACCGGGCUGAACGAAGUAGACUUGAAGAAAGCUAUGCACCUGCUCCUUCGUCAAGAUCAACAACCAGUCCUUUUCAAGGCAGCCAGCGAAGGGGUAUCUACACAGCAUGUCAGCCCAUGCAGUCUAAAAUUACUGCCGGCUUGAAAUCUGUCUUUCCAAACACCAUGCAGGCUCCUGGCGUUGAGUCCAGCACAGAAUCCCUUCUUCAACUAAUGGCUGCGCUUCCUCGUGAAAACUACACUGGCUACAGCAAAGAAAUUAUUUUCAGCUCCUUCAAGAAGCUCCUUGAUCGAGGUACUGAUAUUUCAGAUGACCUGGGCUUCGAUAUCGUUGCUUCUCUUCUUGCACCUCGUUCGGGACAAUACCUACCCCAAUCCGAUAUUGAGCUUGCCUUGCAAGUUCUCGAACGUCUUAGCUUUCGCGGUGUACCAAUUCUCAAUUUUAAAAUGUUUAAUCUGCUUUACCAAGUUGCCGACACACCGAUGACACCACCGAAAACAACUGAAGAAUCCACUAAAACUGCCCAGAAAUGGACUCCGUCGCAACGUCAAAUUUUGACUCGUCUAUCCAAAAUUGUGGCCGCAGCAGAUGUUCCAUUCAACGAAGUUGAGGCACGAAAGCUCAUGUUUACACAGUUUCGGUGUGAAGACUAUGAUGGGUUCUGGCGUUUGUGGCGACAGUUGCCCUUGAAAGGUGCUAGCCGGACGUACGAUGAUUACGCCCAGCUUUUCCAGCUCCAUGCUGAGCUGGGUGAGGAACGACGAGUGCGAGACUGCUUGUCCAUUUGGGUGCCCAUGAUGGCUCGUGAGACGAAUCCUAUUGCAUUGGAGGGCCCGCUUGUAUCUUCUGUUGUGCGCUGUCUUCUUAUUGCAGACCCGGCGAUUCGAAAUCGGGCAGAAGACGGCUCUCCAAGCUACUUCCUUGAUAUGUGGACUCGAUGCCAACAAGCAUUGUAG